GCUCCCAGAGUGCCCUACAAAAGGCGCACGCCUGAGCGGCUACCCAACGGCUCCACUCCUGCUUCCCAACUGCCGGCGAUGGCGUCGCUCACCGUGAAGGCCUACCUUCUGGGCAAGGAGGACGCAGCCCGCGAGAUCCGCCGCUUCAGCUUCUGUUUUAGCCCGGAGCCCGAAGCGGAAGCUGAGUCCACAGCUGGCCCGCGGUCCUGCGAGCGGCUGCUGAGCCGGGUGGCCGCCCUGUUCCCUGUACUACGGCCCGGCGGCUUCCAGGCUCACUACCGCGAUGAGGACGGGGACUUGGUUGCCUUUUCCAGUGACGAGGAACUGAAGAUGGCGAUGUCAUAUGUGAAGGAUGACAUCUUCCGUAUUUACAUUAAAGAGAAGAAGGAGUGCCGGCGGGACCACCGACCCCCGUGUGCUCAGGAGGUGCCCCGAAACAUGGUGCACCCCAACGUUAUCUGUGAUGGUUGCAACGGGCCAGUGGUGGGGACCCGCUACAAGUGCAGCGUCUGCCCUGACUACGACCUAUGCUCUGUCUGCGAGGGGAAGGGCAUGCACAGGGAGCACAGCAAGCUUGCCUUCCCCAGCCCCUUCGGGCGCCCUUCUGAGGGCUUCUCUCACAGCCGCUGGCUGCGGAAGCUGAAACACGGGCACUUUGGGUGGCCUGGCUGGGAGAUGGGCCCACCGGGGAACUGGAGCCCACGUCCUCCUCGAGCAGGGGAUGCCCACCCUGGCCCCGCUGCAGAAUCAGCUUCUGGUCCAUCGGAGGAUCCCAGUGUCAAUUUCCUCAAGAAUGUAGGGGAGAGUGUGGCAGCUGCCCUCAGCCCUCUGGGCAUUGAAGUCGAUAUUGAUGUGGAACAUGGAGGAAAGAGAAGCCGCCUGACACCCACCUCCCCAGGCAGCUCCACCCCAGAGGAGAAGUGUAGCUCUCAGACAAGCAGCUGCUGCUCCAACCCCAGCAAGCCGGACGGGGACGUGGAGGGCAUGACACAGUCUCUGGUGGAGCAAGUGAACAAGAUUGCUCUGGAGUCGGGGGGUCAGCCUGAGGAACAGAUGGAGUCUGAUAACUGUUCAGGAGGAGAUGAUGACUGGACUCAUUUGUCUUCAAAAGAGGUGGACCCGUCUACAGGUGAACUCCAGUCUUUACAGAUGCCUGAAUCUGAAGGGCCAAGCUCUCUGCACCCUUCCCAGGAAGGACCCACAGGACUGAAGGAAGCUGCAUUGUACCCACAUCUGCCACCAGAAGCUGACCCCCGGCUGAUUGAGUCCCUCUCCCAGAUGCUAUCCAUGGGGUUCUCUGAUGAAGGCGGCUGGCUCACCAGGCUCCUACAGACCAAGGAUUAUGACAUCGGGGCUGCCCUAGACACCAUCCAGUAUUCAAAACACCCACCGCCGUUGUGACAAAGUCCGCUCACCCAUUCUGUGUCCCCUUUCUUCUCUCAUAGUUGUGUUGAGCCUAGUAUAGAACCCCAGUGCCUCUGUAAGGGCCAGUUUCUUUGCAUUUUUCUUCCAGAAUCUGGGUGGUGGGGACGCACAAAGCCAUUUAGGGCACUAGAACAAGUGACACGAGGGGGUAAUUCCAGCCAGCUUACUGUGGGCGCCUGCCUCCUUGCAGCCGGGGGUGCCCGGCUCCUUGUAGCCGGGGGUGCCCCCCCUGGGGCAGAGUGAGAGACUCCUUGCUGGGGAGGACGCAGAGGCCACACUGCAUCAUAUUCCCGCUCUCUCCCUGCAGGAUUACACCAGCAGUCCAGAAUAGAUCUUGCCUAAUGUCCUUCUGCUUUUUUGCUUUUUUUAAAAUGACUAUAGUACACUGACAUGUAAUUGAUUUUCUGCUAGAAAUCUGAUAUACUCUGAAUUUGGCUAGGGUAUAGCCAACAUUCUGUUGGGGCGGAUGAGGCUGUGCUGUAGUGAUUACUAGAGGGUAGGACAGCUCAGGACUUUGGCUAAACAUCUGGGAAUAAAGAAGGGCUGACAGGGGAACUGAUGUUGUUCACUGAGUACUGCCCGUUUCAUAACUACUGUAAUUCUCUCAUUUCCCAAUGUGUCAACUGCUUUUAAAGUAAGAAAAUCGCUUUGUAGUCAUUCUGUUAUAUUUGUAAACAAUCUUAAUUAAAUGGUAUAAGCACUUUAAUCA